GGAAUCUCUGAAGGGGCGGGCGCGUGUGCCGCCGUCGAAGAGUCGGAUGCUGGGAAUGACCGCCGACCGCGGGGGCCUCCCAGCCUGCGCUGUUGACGUCCCGGGCCCGACGGGCCUUCGGUGCUGGGGGCGCUGUUCCCUGCGUCGUAGAAGGGUUAGCAGCAUCCCGGGCCUCUGCCCGCUAGAUGCCAGUAGUCCUAAAACUAAGGGGACAGCAGGAGGGCCUCCAGGCAUUGCCCCGAGCCCCGUGAGGGAUGAAAUCGCCCCAGGCUGAGAAACCUUGUGCACGACAGCGGCUCCGGUAGCCAUAUCCAAAGCAGCAGGAACGUGGGUGUAACCUGAACGUCCUGUCGUAGCGCAGCAGGUGCUGAGCUGGUAUUACCCAACCGUGAAGGACGCUGCCCUUGAUCAAGGGAUGCCUGGAGAGAAUGAGAAACAGCCGGGACAGGCUCCUGAACAGAUACCGCCAGGCUGGAGGCAGUAUGCCAAGGAGAUCUCAGAACACCCUUCUGGUGCAGGAGGUGAUGGAAGAAGAGUGGAGUGCUUUGCAGUCUGUGGACAGCUGUCCAGAGGUCUUGACCCAGUUGGAGGAGCUGUUGGACGUGGCUGAGCUCGAGGAAAUCCAGCAGGAGAUGGCUGACCAAGAGUGGUGCAUCCUCAGGGAGUAUGAGAAGAGCCUGCAGUUCGAUGAGAAGUGUCUCAGUGUCAUGCUGGCCGAGUGGGAGGCAAACCCCCUCAUCUGUCCUGUGUGCACAAAGUCCAACGUGAGUGUGUCCGGCGGUGUGGUCACGUGUCCGUGUGGCCUGUACCUCCCCUCGCACGUGAGUGUCCCCCCUUCCCACGUGUGUCUGCUUGCUGGAGGCCCCUUCGCUGGCGCCGCCGAGUGUUUCACAGUCGCUCCCAGCGGCUGGUGCUCCAGGUCCUGGUUCAGGCGGGGCCGUGUGGCCGGAGUGCGGUCCGCGGUCCCGGCUCACGGCUGGGAGGGGCGCACGGAGCCUGGUGCAGACUCAGGGUUUGCCCUCUCCGUGUAGCUCAACGGCUUUUUUUUUUUUUAAACAACUCCCGUUUGAGUAUUUCCUGACCGUUGCAUUCCUUAUUGUUGAAAAAGAGGAAAGCCUUGUUCUCAUUCCCUGUCGGGUUACCGACGUGUAUGACAGCGCGGUUCAGGUAGCGCAGGCGGCCCCGUGCCCUCCUGGUGCGGCUCACGCGGGAGCAGGGGCCCACCAAGGUCAAGGGUUAGCGUGGUCGGCGGCGCACGGAGCCCGGCCAUCCCCGCGAGCCGGCCUUGGGGAAUCGGGAUCUUCAAGCUGUUGACUCGGAGGUGACCGGGGUCAGGCUGUAGCUUAACUUUAUUUGCUAGUCUCCAGAGUUGACGGUGCAAAAGCUUCGAGCCUGUUUGGAGGACCGCGUGAGUGAGCACAGCGCACACUGCCCGCACACACC